CGGUGAUCCCCGGGAAGGGGAAGGUCGGCGCGGUGAUCCCCGGGAAGGAGGAGGUCCGGGGGCCGCGAUGCCGUACGCGAACCAGCCGACGGUGCGGAUCACCGAGCUGACGGACGAGAAUGUGAAGUUCAUCGUGGAGAACACGGAGCUGUCGGUGGCGAAUGCUCUGCGCCGGGUUCUGAUGGCUGAAGUGGCCACGUUGGCCAUUGACUGGGUGCAGAUUGACGCCAACUCCUCAGUUCUCCACGAUGAGUUUAUCGCCCACAGGAUCGGGUUAAUUCCCCUGACAAGUGAUGACAUUGUGGAUAAGAUGCAGUACUCGAGGGACUGUACGUGUGACGAGUUCUGCCCGGAAUGUUCCGUGGAGCUGACGCUGGACGUUAAGUGUAAUGAAGAUCAGACACGACAUGUCACCUCCAGGGACCUGCUGUCCAACAACUCCCGGGUUAUCCCAGUGACGUCGCGGAGCCGGGACAAUGACCCCAAUGACUACGUGGAGCAGGACGAUAUCCUGAUCGUGAAGCUGCGGAAGGGCCAGGAGCUCCGCCUGCGUGCCUACGCCAAGAAGGGCUUCGGGAAGGAGCACGCCAAGUGGAACCCGACGGCGGGAGUGUCCUUCGAAUACGACCCCGACAACGCCCUGCGGCACACAGUCUACCCCAAGCCCGAGGAGUGGCCAAAGAGCGAGUACUCAGAGCUGGACGAUGAGGAGAUCCAGGCACCGUACGACCCCAACGGGAAACCAGAAAGAUUUUACUUCAAUGUGGAAUCCUCCGGAGCGCUGCGGCCGGAGACCAUCGUGCUGUCUGCCCUGUCGGGCCUCAAGAAGAAACUGAGUGACCUGCAGACCAUGCUGAGCCAUGAGAUCCAGAGCGACGUCCUGACCAUCAAUUAACCCCCCGGGACCCCCGACUCUGUGUCGCCCACCCGACACUCUGCUCAAUUCCAGACUUCAAUAAAGCUGAACUUUUGUCACUGCC